UUAGACUGAUAACCGAGGAGUUUUCCUGGAUAAUUCUGAGAUUGUGGAGUUAUAUAAAGCGUGUUUUAGAGCCGCGCUGAGGAUGAGGAUGGUCUGCGCCGAGGGAAGAUGGCGGCGAGCGGAUCCGUGAUCAGAUUAUCUACGCGUCUCGGUCGUCGGCGUGACUGAGUUCGGCUCGGUUCUGUCGGUGUGUGUCGGGAGGGAUGUCGGACUCUGAGGAGGAGGUCCAGGAGCGGCAGCUGAAGAUCGUGCUGCUGGGAGACGGAGCGUCGGGGAAGACUUCUCUCGCCAUCCGCUUUGCACAAGAGGCUUUUGGGAAACAGUAUAAACAGACGAUAGGGCUGGACUUCUUCCUCAAGAGAAUCACCCUGCCAGGAAACCUGAAUGUGACGCUGCAGGUGUGGGACAUCGGAGGACAGACUAUUGGAGGAAAAAUGCUCGACAAAUAUAUCUACGGAGCACAGGGCGUGCUCCUGGUGUAUGACAUCACUAACUCUCAGAGUUUUGAGAAUCUUGAAGAUUGGCUGAAAAUGGUGAGAAAAGCCAACGAAGAGUCCGACACCCAGCCGGCGAUAUCACUGAUCGGAAACAAGAUUGAUCUGGAGCACAUGCGGACAGUAAAGAUGGAGAAGCAUCAGCGAUUCUGUCAGGAAAACGGACUCCUCAGUCAGUUUGUGUCUGCAAAGACGGGAGACUCUGCGUUUCUGUGUUUCCAGCGGCUGGCAGCGGAGAUGUUGGGCAUGAAGCUGAAUAAGGCUGAGAUGGAGCAGUCACAGCACGUGGUUAAAGCAGACAUAGUGAACUACAGUCAGGAGUCGGUGGCUCGAGCCGUCAACCCUCCACGCAGCUCCAUGUGUAACAUACAGUGAUCAUCGUCUCUGUCUCGCUCGCGUCUGUCGUCUGAAAGUGUCCUGUUUGAUGCAGAUGGACUCUGAACUCUGCGUAACGGACACACGGAUCCUGCUUUAUACUGUCCUCCCUCUUUCUUUGAUGUUUAUUUGCCAUUUAGACAUUGUGAGUUACUAAAAAAUCUUUAAUGUGUGCAAGUACCAGAGCUUUACCUUGUAAACCUUUGCUUGUGUAAGUCGAGACAGAUGGAUGACGGAUCAUCAUAGAGGAUUGGUGUGUGUAAAUGCCUCUGGAGUUCGUUCAGCUGAGAACGAGCCGAGAUCUCACAUCUGCGGGAGAAUUCACUCGCACCGACGGAGAACUGACUUCCUCCGGUUAGAGCAGACUGAGUGAGUGAGUGAGUGCGUGCGUGAGAGUGUGUGUGUGUGUGCGUGUGUGUGAGAAUGUGUGUGUGAG